GCCUCUCUCUAGCAGAUUCUUUCUUCCGAACAGAAACAACUUUAAGAAAUCUCUUUAACUCUCCUUUCUUGACAAAACCUAGGAAAAACUCCAAAGGAAGUUUCCUCGUGGUAAAUUUGAGUCACUGCUGAAAACAGAUGGGAAUAUGGAUACUAGCGGUCCCUCAUUAACCCUAAAGUCGCCGGAUGUGUGAGGAAGUAUAUAAAGGUAGCCUAAAAGACUGGAAGCUGGUAGCAGGUGCCAGGGUGUGGCUGCGGUUGUCUCCCUUCUCUCUUCCAGCAGAAGGAGCCACUUCUGUGAAGAAGGAAGUGAGAGAAAGAGAGAGGGAAACAGAGAAUGAAGAGGGGGAGAGGGAUGAAGGGAGGGUAGAGAGGGGAGGAGGAAAAAGAGAGCCUGGAGAUUGGGGAGAGAGCCUGUAAAGCUCUCUGCUCAUACGCACGCCGCCUCUGUUUGUACACAGUGCGCUCUCCAGCCGGCACAGCUCUCUCUUCUUGUCCUCCCGCUUCAUUGUUCUCCAAGUCAGAAGCCCCGCAGGAGUGGCAGAGAAAGCAGCCUAAGGAAAGCUGCGCGCGGACUGCGGGCUUCCUCACAGCCCCAGGUUUACCCGGGAAAAGCCGUCCGGAGCCUCGCAGUGCGGAGCCGCGCUCCCACACAUAUCUCCGCCUCCCAGGACUCGUUUCCUCUCUUCUUCCCAGCUUAUGACUGAGUUGCAGCACUUUGUCUGAGCCGCGCUGGGUUAUUCUGGUAUUCUACCCGCAACCCUUUGCCAAAGAUCCGGCAAAAGAAGAGGGAAGCGUUCUCUUUCUCCAUCCUCUUUCUCCUCUUCCUCUCUCUUUUAAAGAUUUCUUUCUUAAUAAUUUUCUGAAGAGAAGGGUUGAGAGAAGAAGACAUAUUUAGUGUGAGGGAUUGUCUGGCACCCAGAGCCCUAUCUCUAAGAACCCCAUCACCCAGACGCUCUUUCCCCGACCCUUUCCCACCCGGGUCGCUCCAGUGGAGAAAAGAUCAUGAACCGCUUGGUAGCAGCCUGGCUCAUGUUCGGUCUGAGCCUCUGCGUCCCUCAAUUCACCAAAGGUGAUAUUUGUGACUCCAAUCCAUGUGAAAAUGGAGGAAUCUGUUUGACAGGACUGGCUGAUGAAUCUUUUUCCUGUGAGUGUCCAGAUGGCUUCACAGAUCCCAAUUGCUCUAGUGUUGUGGAGGUUGCAUCAGAUGAGGAACCAACUUCAACAGGUCCCUGCCUUCCUAACCCAUGCCAUAAUGGGGGAACAUGUGAAAUCAGUGAAGCUUACCGGGGGGAUACAUUCAUAGGAUAUGUGUGUAAAUGUCCUAGAGGAUUUAAUGGAAUCCACUGUCAACACAAUAUAAAUGAAUGUGAAUCAGAACCCUGCAAGAAUGGUGGGAUCUGUACUGAUCUUGUUGCCAACUAUUCCUGUGAGUGUCCUGGUGAAUUUAUGGGAAGAAACUGCCAGUACAAAUGCUCUGGUCCCUUGGGGAUUGAAGGAGGUAUCAUAUCGAACCAGCAAAUCACAGCUUCAUCAACCCAUCGAGCACUUUUUGGGCUGCAAAAAUGGUACCCUUACUAUGCACGACUUAACAAGAAGGGGCUUGUAAAUGCCUGGACUGCCGCAGAAAAUGACAGGUGGCCAUGGAUUCAGAUAAAUUUGCAAAGGAAGAUGAGAGUCACUGGCGUUAUCACCCAAGGAGCUAAAAGGAUUGGAAGUCCAGAGUAUAUAAAAUCCUACAAAAUUGCAUAUAGCAAUGAUGGAAAGACUUGGGCAAUGUAUAAAGUAAAAGGAUCCAAUGAAGACAUGAUAUUCCGCGGAAAUGUGGACAACAAUACACCUUAUGCCAACUCUUUCACUCCUCCAAUAAAAGCUCAAUAUGUCCGAUUGUAUCCCCAAGUGUGUCGGAGGCACUGUACUUUGAGGAUGGAGCUUCUUGGUUGUGAACUAUCUGGUUGUUCUGAGCCUCUGGGAAUGAAAUCAGGACAUAUACAAGAUUAUCAGAUUACUGCAUCCAGCAUCUUCAGGACUCUCAACAUGGAUAUGUUCACAUGGGAACCCAGGAAAGCCCGGCUAGAUAAACAGGGAAAAGUGAAUGCCUGGACCUCAGGCCACAGUGACCAGUCACAAUGGCUGCAGGUGGAUCUUCUAGUCCCUACCAAAGUGACUGGCAUCAUUACCCAAGGAGCUAAAGAUUUUGGUCAUGUACAAUUUGUAGGUUCCUAUAAACUGGCAUAUAGCAAUGAUGGAGAACAUUGGACUGUAUACCAGGAUGAAAAACAAAGAAAAGAUAAGGUUUUCCAGGGCAAUUUUGAUAAUGACACACAUCGAAAAAACGUCAUUGACCCUCCCAUCUAUGCACGGCACAUAAGGAUCCUUCCUUGGUCCUGGUACGGCAGGAUCACCUUGCGGUCAGAGCUGUUGGGCUGCACUGAGGAGGACUAAGAAGGCCCAGAAGUGCUUGGAAAUUCUUGCUCUCUAUAUCCUGAAAAAAAUAUUUCCAUAGAAUAAACUGUGCGAAACCUGUAGGAAACUGAAUGUUUUGUUUUGUUUUUUCAUGAAAAAAGUGCUCAAUUUAUGGAAGGCUACUCAUUGCCUUUUCUAAAGAGGUCUAAGCCUGCCCUUUAAAUGAUUGAACUUGAUUUUUCUCUUUAGAUCUGUUCAUGUACUAAUUUCCUCACACUGUAGAAUCACUUUUCUCAUAUCUUCAGAGUUGUUCACACUGGUUGAAAUAUGUUAGGAAAGGAGAGUAAUGUCUUUUUUUUUUUUUAAAUAGAGAAGGCAGAAUGUUCUGGUUGCUUCAAUGUGAAGGUAGAGAAAGUUGAAACUAGCUUCCUACUUGUAAAAAUUAAAAAAAAAAAAAGAACACUGCAAAUUAGCAACAAGUUUUGUUUUGUUCUUUUUCCCCUUUUUAAAAUAACUUAAUUGUUUCCUUAUGCCAACCAAUCAUUGUCAGUAUUUAUUGCACAUUUUGGGGAAAAAAAAUCUGUAGUAUGUGUUCAUUGUUGAUAUUAAAAACUACCUUCCAAUUCUAUUCUUCAUAUAUUUAUAAAACUCUUGAAGUUUCUCUCCCACAUAAUACCAUUCAGUUUUCUCUCAUUAGUGCAUGGCCUUAAUAGAUCUAAAUUUUUGCAAUUAAAUCUAAUUUUAUUUGAUAUAUAUAUAUAAAGA